AUGCAACAACUAUCAAUUUCAACAAAUAAACUAAUCCCUCAUUUGAUGAGUAAAUUAGAAUAGUUGAUAUAAGAAAUUUAAAAACUCACAAAGUUAUCAAAUAGUUUAAUGGAUAAUUUAUAAGUAUAAGAGAUACAAUAUAAAAACUUAUAAUACAAAUAUCAAUAAGUUUGGAAUCAACUUAGUGAUGAACAAAAGAUCAAAUUCAAUUUAAAUUAGAUAUCUUUAAUCUAAAGUCAUAUUGAACCUACUUAAUUAUCAAAUUUAAUUAGUAACAUAGAAACUAAAGUACUUGAUUUAAAACAUUAUCGCUAAAAUUCGCAGCCAAUCAUUUUACCUGUUGUACAUUAAUGUUUGGAGUGUAAAAAGAAGGAAGAAUAGAUUUAGGAAUUAAAUGAAACAUUGGAAAAAAUAGAAAUUCAAAAGAAAAAAUCUAAAACUAGUUUUUCGACUAGAUUAAAUACAGAAUUUUCUCUCAAAGACAAUUAGAAUCAAUAUUAAUAAUUUACAACUAAGAGUAAUUAUUAAAAAAAUAAUUUUUGA